GGUCCUCUUCUAGAGACUAGAGUUGCAGCAAAACUCAACGCCGUCCAUGUCCAUUGGUUAAGUUGGCGCUGAUGUCCCUAUUGGCCACCAACCAACCGGACCGGUCAUGAGAUCGAUGAGAGUACAAGAUGGGGGGCCACUGCUGGAGCUCAUGAGAUGAGCUAGGUCUCAUCAGGACCGACCCUCCUCCUCCUCUGGCGUCGCCCCUUCUUUUCCUUCCAAGAACACCAGGCUCUAGUGAAAGGGAAGCUCAGUCUCACACUGACUUGAAGACAACUGCUGUCGAAGUAAUUCCUUUUAUUUUGUAUAGAUAAGGAUUUUAUCUGAGAGUGGUUAAAACGUUUUGGCUUAGUUGUUAAGUUAUAACAAAUGCCUUCCACUACGAUGGAUGCAAAUGCAAUCCAGAAGCUCUAUGAGGUCUGUAAAGUAUCAUUAUCUGAGAAAGGGCCUCUAUCUUCUGAAUCUGUCGACAAUGUCCGUGCUGUAUUAGACAUGAUUACCCCGGCAGAUGUUGGCCUUGAGUGCGAAGCUGAAGCUGUGCGUGUUUGGAGGAGUCCACGGGCCCUGAGUAGGAAAAGAGUUUUUCAUUCCAGCCCGGCCAUCAGAUACCGUCAUAUUUACGAGUGCAAAAGCUUCUCAAUUGGAAUAUUUUGCAUACCAGCAUCAUCCAUCAUCCCACUCCACAACCAUCCUGGAAUGACUGUACUCAGCAAAAUUUUAUAUGGCACGGCGCAUGUCAAAUCAUAUGACUGGAUUGACACAGCUGAAUCUCUUAACUUAUCAAAAGUGAGACCUGCCAAGGUUGUAAGAGACGGUGAAAUGUCUGCGCCUUGUGGAGCGAUGGUUCUUCAUCCAGAAGGCGGUGGCAACAUCCACGCCUUGAGAGCCAUUACUCCCUGCGCCAUCCUGGACAUUUUGACGCCCCCAUACUCUUCAGAGGAUGGGAGGCACUGCUCCUACUUCCGUAGAUGCCCAAGAUCAGACCCAUCGGGCGUUUUAUUGAACCGAAGAAAGGGAUCUGAGUUUGUGUGGCUGGAAGAAUACCAGCCACAUGAUAACUUUAUCAUUAGAAGGGACCUGUACACGGGACCUGCUUUAAAGUUAUGAUGAGAAAGAAGAUCAUGCUCCCAACAAUAUAUAUAUAUAUAUAUAUAUAUAUAUAUAUAUAUAUAUAUGCUUCCCUUAAUUAGCUUCUUAAGUUAUCGAUUGAGAGGCCUUUAGUUGUGCAAAGCAUUUCAUUUCCCCUUACUGCUUUGCACUUUUAUUUAUAUUACAGACAGUUAACUAUUAUGCA